UCUGCCUCUCCCUCAUGUACUGUGCUGUUUAGAGCUUGUUUCCCCCAACCCUUUUUUUUUUCUUUUUUUUUUUUUUUUUGGUGCUUUAUUGCUGUUAUUGUUAUUAUCUUAAUUUUUCUUCUUCGUGAUGUGCUGUUAGAAACCACUCCGGGACUACUCCAGCAGUAGGAAGACCGAGGAGUGGAGUGGAUGAAUUUACCGAUGAGAGAUCCAGUAAUCCCUGGGACAAGCAUGGCUUAUCAUCCUUUUUUACCGCACCGGGCACCGGACUUUGCCAUGAGCGCUGUGUUGGGACAUCAGCCUCCCUUCUUCCCGGCUCUGGCUUUGCCUCCCAACGGGGCAGCCGCCCUCUCCCUUCCCGGGGCUCUGGCUAAACCCAUCAUGGACCAGCUAGUGGGGGCUGCAGAGACUGGUAUUCCCUUUUCUUCCCUGGGUCACCAGGCAGCAGCUCAUCUGAGGCCUUUAAAAACUCUGGAGCCAGAAGAAGAGGUAGAAGACGAUCCGAAAGUGCAUCUGGAAGCUAAAGAGCUUUGGGAGCAAUUCCAUAAAAGAGGCACGGAGAUGGUGAUUACCAAAUCGGGAAGGAGAAUGUUUCCUCCAUUUAAAGUGAGAUGCACUGGACUGGAUAAAAAGGCCAAGUACAUUUUAUUGAUGGAUAUUGUGGCGGCUGAUGAUUGUAGGUACAAAUUCCAUAAUUCCCGGUGGAUGGUAGCCGGCAAGGCUGACCCUGAAAUGCCAAAGAGAAUGUACAUCCACCCGGACAGCCCGGCCACCGGCGAACAAUGGAUGUCCAAAGUCGUCACCUUCCACAAGCUGAAGCUCACUAAUAACAUCUCUGACAAGCACGGAUUUGUGAGCGUGUGUACCAUUUUAAACUCCAUGCACAAGUACCAGCCCCGGUUCCACAUCGUCCGAGCCAACGAUAUCCUCAAGCUUCCUUACAGCACGUUCAGGACCUACGUUUUCCCCGAGACUGAAUUCAUCGCAGUGACCGCAUACCAGAAUGAUAAGAUCACGCAAUUAAAAAUUGACAACAACCCCUUUGCCAAAGGUUUUCGGGACACCGGGAAUGGCAGAAGGGAGAAGAGGAAGCAGCUGACCCUGCAGUCCAUGCGGGUGUACGACGAGAGGCAGAAGAAGGAGAAUCCCACCUCGGACGAGUCAUCCAAUGAGCAGACGGCCUUCAAGUGCUUUGCCCAGUCCUCGUGCCCUGCCGUGCCUGCCGUGGGCACCUCCAGCCUCAAAGAUCUCUGCCCCAGCGAGGGAGACAGCGACGCAGACAGCAAAGACGAUCCCUUGCUAGAAGGCAACGAGUCGGGCAAAAUCAGCACGACCACCGCCGCCACCCCAGCGCCGGCCAGCUCCGCUGCCACCGCAGGGGACGACCCCCGGGACAAGGGCGGCAGCCCCUCCAAAAGCCACUUCUUCCCUGGGGACUCGGCAGGGAGUCGGAGCCGAGAGAGGACUGAGAAAGCCCCUCCGGACUCCCGACACAGCCCGGCUACCAUCUCUUCCAGCACCCGGGGGGGAAGCCUGAGCGGCGAGGAACUGAAAAGCCCCCUGAGGGAUGGCCCCAAAGUAGAUGAGAACCGACUGCUGGGGAAAGAGCCCUUCACCCCCCUGACGGUGCAAACCGACAGCACGGCCCACCUGAGCCAGGGACACUUGCAGAACCUCGGCUUUCCCCCUGCCCUGGCCGGCCAGCAGUUCUUCAACCCUCUGGGGAACGGGCACCCGCUGCUGCUGCACCCCGGGCAGUUCGCCAUGGGGGGAGCCUUCUCCGGCAUGGCCGCGGGCAUGGGGCCCCUCCUCGCCACCGUCUCCGGGGCAUCCGCCGGGGUCUCGGGACUGGACAACACGGUCAUGGCCACGGCGGCGGCCCAGGGACUCUCGGGAGCAUCGGCGGCUGCUUUGCCUUUCCAUCUGCAGCAGCACGUCCUGGCUUCACAGGGCCUGGCCAUGUCUCCUUUCGGCAGCCUUUUCCCCUACCCCUACACCUACAUGGCGGCGGCCGCCGCCGCCUCCAGCGCCGCUUCCAGCUCGGUGCACCGGCACCCGUUCCUGAGCGCCGUGCGGCCGCGGCUCCGCUACAGCCCCUACCCGCUGCCCGUGCCCCUGUCGGACGGCGGCAGCCUCCUCACCACCGCCCUGCCCGGCCUGGCCGCCGGCUCCGGCGAGGGCAAGGCGGGCGGGCUGAGCGCCAGCCCCGGCUCCGUGCCCCUGGACUCCGCCUCGGACCUCACCAGCCGCUCCUCCACCCUCUCGUCCGGCUCCGUGUCCCUGUCCCCCAAGCUGGGCGCGGACAAGGAGGCGGCCACCAGCGAACUGCAAAACAUCCAGCGCCUGGUCAGUGGGCUCGACCCCAAGCAGGACAGAUCCCGCAGCGGCUCCCCGUAA